GUCAUUAUACUUUUCUCCUAACCCUCGAGUUGCUCAUCUUUUCCUUCUAAUCCUUAAACCCGACGCCCAUUGCGAACGUCAACACUACAUCCGCCGCCGCCUUCGGUAACUUACCGAUUUCUUAAUUACAUCUCCAUCUCACAUGGGCGAGCAAACCCCGGCGCAGCCUCAACCACACCCUCCUCAAUCUCAGGCCCUACACGAUUCCUCCUCUACACCGACCCAAGCCCAACCUCAAACCCUAACUGAAGACCCGAAUAAUACCUCCGCCGCUGCUGUUCCCUCCGUCUCCACCGUUAGUACUGCCAUUGUAGCCCCUGCGUCAACGGAGCUCGUCAAUGUUCCUCUCCCAAGCUCGUCUCCUCCUUCGAAAAUCCCUUCCCGCCCUAGAAAGAUCCGGAAACUCUCCCCUGACCCGAACUUCGACCCUAAUGCCUCACAACAAGGAGCGAGCUCCUCCACAUCCGUGACGGAACCGCCUAAAACCGUCGGUAAAGCUUCCAAAACAAAACUCGCUCAACAUCGAGCCUUAGCGGUUGUGGUUCCACGAAUAAUUGCGCGGUCCCUCUCUUGCGAAGGCGAGGUAGAAACUGCCAUCCGCUACCUCCGCAACGCCGAUCCCCUUCUCGCCUCCUUAAUUGAGCUUAAUCCCCCUCCGACUUUCGACACUUUCCAUACCCCUUUCCUUGCUCUCACUCGAAGCAUUUUAUACCAGCAGCUCGCUUUCAAAGCCGGAACAUCCAUCUACACUCGCUUCAUCGCACUCUGUGGAGGUGAAAACGGCGUUGUUCCUGAAACUGUCAUUUCUUUAUCCCCUCAACAACUGCGACAAAUUGGUGUCUCGGGACGAAAAGCGAGUUACCUUCAUGAUCUCGCGAGAAAAUACCAGACGGGGAUAUUAUCAGACUCGGCGAUUGUAAAUAUGGAUGACAAAUCACUUUUUACCAUGCUUACAAUGGUAAAUGGGAUCGGUUCUUGGUCGGUUCAUAUGUUUAUGAUUUUUUCGCUUCAUAGACCGGAUGUUUUGCCAAUCAAUGAUCUCGGGAUUCGGAAAGGGGUUCAAAUGCUCUACAAUUUGGAGGAGUUGCCAAGGCCUUCGCAGAUGGAUCAGUUGUGUGAGAAGUGGAGGCCAUACAGGUCAGUUGCUUCAUGGUAUCUGUGGAGGUUUGUGGAGGCCAAAGGAACUCCUUCAAGUGCUGCGGCUGUUGCUGCUGGUGCUAGUCUUCCACCACUGCAGCAACAAGAGGAACAACAACAACAUCAUCAGCAACCCCAGCUUCUGGACCCCAUUAAUAGCAUUUUUAACCUUGGGGCCUGUGCGUGGGGGCAAUGAUUGUCAUUGGAGGUGGAAUGUUUGGCUUUUUGCACAAUCCAUUGAUCAACUUGUAAGGCAGGCACUUCAAAGGAAACUAUUUGUGUGAAAUCGUUGUUCUGAAAGCCAUUGAUGUUUAUAAGACUUCAGUCUUUUAACUUGGUUCUGCUAAAUUUGCUUUUAGAUUUUGAAUAAACACAAUGCCUGGUUGGUCCAAUUUUAGAUGUCAACUGUCUAAUACAAGACAUUAAUGGAUUGCAAACCACUGCUGGUUGUGAAACUUGUCUCUUGAA